AUGUAUGUGCAAGUUUUAACAAAUUUCCCAGUAAAGGAUGAGGAAGGGGGAGAGAGCGUUUCAUGUUCAACAGAGUCCACAGAUUGGAUGAAAGACUCACUGGGCGUUUUAAAUGCUUCAGAAGGAACAACAGAGUGUUGGCCACAGCAAAAGGAUCUUGGAAAUAACAGAGAAAUUGGAAAUGGCAGUGAUGAAUUUUCAUUCCAGCAGUCAAGCAGCAGUACUGAACAUUUCCAUCAAAAACAUAGGUUUGAGGGUUAUCAACAUUCACUUCAACCAAAUGAGGAUGAACACCUUGUCAUACUGGAAGAUAGCACACGAAUGCAUGCUCCACAAUACGCUGCACAAAAUUCUAAUGACUUCCCAAGUCAUGAAACAUUUGAAUGCCCUCGGUGUAAUUCGAAGUUUAUCUCACAUCUUAGUUUAUCUGAACAUCAUUGUUCCAGGGGCAGGAAAGUUUCAAAAGAAAUGCAGAUCUUAUGGUAUCGUUGUCACCAGUGCUACAGAUCCUAUGCACGGAAAGGAAGCCUUGCAAGACACUUAAAAUUUGAAUGUGGCAGGGACCCACAGUUUGAAUGCUCAAUUUGCCACCAAAGAAUUAAACACAAAAGCUCGCUUGUACAGCAUAUGGCGGUCAAACAUGGGCUUACCUCUUCAACUGAUAAACCUGGGGAAAAUUGA